AUGUCCGUCUUCAUGACGAUUCCCCCAGAUUUACCAUGGGUUUUGAUAGGCUUCAGUGUCGGUUUACAUGAAGGUGCCUUAAAUCAGAUACCGAGUGACAUUGAACUCCAAAGAUUUGCCUCAGCUUGUGAUGAAAACACCAUCCGUGAAUUGGCCAUACAUCUUGGUAUGACGUUCAAAGCAUGGGAAGAACUUCAAAGGAAUAACCCUGAUUAUAUUCAGAUUGUCAAGUACAGAAUUCUGGUCAACUGGAGAGAAAAAUGUUCAGGAAAAUUCAUCAACAUAGCGAAGGCUUUAACAGAAAUGAAACUAACUACACACAUGUUGUGUCAGGUUAAAAGAAUCCGAAAGGGACAAUGCGAUAUUACUGCAGAAUAUAUGGAUUUAAUUCCAACAGAUGAAAUAUUGGAUGAACUAGCACAAGUCAUAGGAGUAGUAUCCUUCCAACUGGGUAUAGAAUUGGGAUUAUCUAUAACAUCAUUAGAUGCAAUUCAAUACAACAAUGGAAGAAAUUUAGUCGCUCAAUGCAAAGAUAUAUUAUUCCAGUGGAGAGAAGAUCAACGAGUGAAGCCAACCAUUGGUGUACUGGUCCAAGCUCUAGUUAAUAUUGAAAGAGGUGCAUCAUGUUUGGGGGAAAUCAUUAAAACAGUAGGCGUGAAGAAAUACAUUCCACACGAAGAAGAUGAGAAGGAAGGAAAGGUUAAGACACUUUUUAAAAGAUUGAAUCCUUUUCAGAAGAGGAAAUAGUACCAGAACUUUUUAUGAGUAUAAUUAUCAAGACUUAAGCUAGGAAUUUUCUUGGCUGUAUGUUCAUUAAAAAAAAGAGGUAACCGUUCUGAUACGCUCCUUGUGUUAGUAAUAAUUGUCUAAACUAAAUAUGGUUAUGCAGACAAUACAAGGCAAAUAUGAAAUUCAACUCAGAGCAGACAAAACACAAGAAAUCGUGUUCCUUUUUUUAAAUACUUUCUUUUCCAAAACCCUUCACAGAGAGCACUUUUUGAAAUUGACCCUCCUGUUAUAAAAAAAAAUCAGGGGAAAUUGGCCCUUCCUCUUUGUUCCGGUCUGAUGAUUUUGUGCAAAGUUAUGGUCCUUGGACUUAGAAAAUUUACUUAAAUGAUCAGUUUACCACACAUGUUUUCAUGCUUGAAGAUAUUGACAUGAUAUUUGUUAUGUAGUUUACACUAUGACAAGUUAUUUAAUGAACAAGUUAGCAUUCUGUUACAGUACAAUGAAUGUUAAAC